AUGCCAUUUCCGCCAUUUUUUUUUCCCGUCGCCUCGCGUCGGGAUUCGCCUUCCACCAGCGAGUCAAUCUCCUCCGCCGUCUCCUCUGUUGCUGCUCAAUCCCUCUCUUCGAUGGCCGUCGUCGCGGAAUCGCAGCAGGAAUCGGAGUACAUUGCAUCGUUAGCACGAUUACACAGAGAUAUUAAGCCAGAGAAUUUAUUGAUUGGUCUCCAGCUAAGUGGUGAGCUGAAAAUUGCAGAUUUUGGGUGGUCAGUCCACACAUUCAAUCGUAGGCAGACCAUGUGUGGAACACUUGAUUACCUUCCCCCUGAAAUGGGUAUUGCAUGUCAAAUUGUUCUAUAUUAUUGUCUAAUAAGUUUUGCCUCAACUUAUAUUCUUUUCAUCCAUAUACUUUGUCGUAGUGGAGAGUGUUCAACAUGAUGCUAGUGUGGAUAUUUGGAGCUUGGGUGUAUUGUGCUGAGUUCCUUUAUGGAGUUCCUCCAUUUGAAGCAAAGUUAA